AUGGAUGCUACGCGAGCAUUGCUGGACUCACUUAUGGGGAAGGACCGGAACUCAGGACCAGAUUCCAAGUGUCGGCAAAGUUUCAAGGAUCCAGACGUCUGCAAGUAUUACUUGGUGGGUGACUGCCCGCAUGAAAUGUGGAUAAAUCAGGAGGGAAAGGCCUCUCCAAACAGCCCUGUGGGUGCCUGCAAGAAGCAACACUCAGAGGCGAUGCGCGAGCGGCUACGAGCCGACAUAGACUACGUCAAAUACAGGUGGCGCUACCUGGAAGAUUUGAGAGUCUUUUUGCAGCAGCUUGUCGAUGACAACAACAGAAAAGCUCAGAAGGUGAAAGAGAAGCUGAACGAAGGGGUGACAUGCACUGCUGACACUCACAAAGUGGUUGAAGGGCACAUCUCCAAGAAAGAGUCCCGGGCUCAAGAGAUAAUGGAGGCAGCCGAGAAGAUGGCGGAGGAGGGCCAGGUGGACGCCAGCAAGCAGGCGCUGGAGGAGGCGGACAAGCUGGCACAUCAGAAGUUCCGCCUGACCCGGCUGAAGGAAGUCGCUGACGGCUGGAUGGACGAAUGCUGCGAUGUUUGCGGCUCACAGAUCUCCUGGCGUGCUGUCGAGGAGCUGGAGGCGCGCUCAAAAGGAAGGGAGCAUCCUCACGUUCCUGGUGCCUGGCACCAGGGUUGGAGGCGGUGUCGGGAGGCCCUACGGAAGGUCACGGAGGAAGCCCAGCAGGCCAGGGAAGCCUGUCGGGGUCUCGACGUCGGAGAGGUGCUCGACGAUGCGGGAGGCCGGGGCAAAUACGGAGAGCGUGGACGGGACACAAAGCAGGUCCGGUCAAGGCACCGCGGAAACGCGAGCCGUUCACGCGAUGGCUCUCCGCAAAAGACAAAGCCAACAGCGACCAGCUCUUCCGGCGCGCGGAAGAGGAGAGGCGUCACAAGAAAGCGUGACAGAAGAAAGGGCACGUCUGGCAGCUCGAGGAGAGGCAAGAGAAAGUCGAGCGUCUCCAGAAAGGGCAAAGAGAGAAAACGGAAGAGCAGCAGCUGA